CCAAGAUGGCGGCGGGGCGGCUUCGGCGGCGCGGGGCGGGGCGGCGCGGCCGAGGUCGGAGGGCGGGAUGCUGCGGGCUGCGCUGAGCCGCGUGCCGCCGCUACUGAGCCGCGUGCGCCCCCGGGAACCCGCCCUGAGGUGGCUGUGGGGACGCAGGGGCGGCCCGGAGGCCGCGGGGAGAAGGCGGGCCGGGGCGGGGCUCUGGGGCUGGCGGUGCUUCAGCUCGGAGCCGGCGCCCGGGGCCGCACAUUACCAGCUUGUCUACACUUGUAAGGUGUGUGGGAGCCGGUCCUCCAAGCGCAUCUCCAAACUGGCCUAUCACCGGGGCGUGGUCAUCGUGACCUGCCCCGGCUGCCAGAAGCACCACGUCAUCGCCGACAACCUGGGCUGGUUCUCGGACCUGGAUGGCAAGAGGAAUAUUGAAGAAAUCCUGGCAGCCAGAGGGGAGAAGGUGUGCCGAGUGGCUGGCGACGGGGCCUUAGAGCUGGUUUUAGCAGCUGCAGGGAACCCCAAAUCCCCUCCUGCUCCAGAAGGGGGUGAGGACCAGGAUCCCACUCAUCCUGGCAAGACCGAGCCCAGCUGACCCCAUCUCCUGCCUUCCAGAAGAUGCUUCGGACUGGGACCCUCCCAGGCUGGCCUGUUUUCUAUCAAUAAACACAUCACCUGGA